AUGAUUUUACAAAAACAAGCUGAUUGUAUUCACUUCUCUGGUGCAAUUACAAGAGUUGCCUAUUUUCAAAAGAAACUCAGAGAAUAUGUUAGCCAAGAACGGUUACAACAUAUUAAGAAAGAGCUCACUCCCUACUUGAAAGAUGAAUUUUUAAACAAGCCAAUUCCACAUUGUCAAUUUUUAUGUGAAACCACUGGUGAGAGUGCUCUAUUAUCAGGAGCUGAAGAAAUGUUAAAUUCAUCCCUUGAAAAUGAAUCAACAACAAUAACAUCACCUGUAGUAGUACCAAUUAUUUUCAGAGAGGCCAAUGAAUUGAACACUUUACCUGUUAGUUAUUUAGAACAAUUUGUUCCUGCCAUGUUAUAUGAAGAUGAAUCAAAAGGUAAAAAGAUUGAGAAAAAGAUUGUACUGAGAGAAUCAUUACUUGAUAUGUAUAUCAAACAGGAUACUGAAAUAUUUCUAAUCAAAUUCAGUCCUUUAAUUGAUACUAAAAAGAUUACAUCCAUUAAUUUUAAUAAUUUCACACAAGUUGGAAUUAUUGAAUUUCUACGAUUUACUAAUUUAAUUAUUUGUUUUGAUCAUACUAAAAUUCAAACAUCAGUAUUAGAAUUUUUCAUUAAAUUAGAAUUGGAAGAAGAACAUUUAAUUGUUAAAAUUUACUAUACAAAGAACAAUUCCUUCUAUAAGAGUGAAAUUAGAAUUGAAAAGAAGGGAAGAACUGAAAGAAUUUCAAUUAAUGACUCUGCAGAACUCAUAUUUAAAACAAGAGAAGAUGAAUCAAGAACUUGGUACGGUGUAUAUUAUGAUACAUUGAGUAUUAUCUCAGCAUCUUCAAGUGUUUCAAUUUCCAAGGAGAUUAUUGCACAACAUGUUGGAAAACAAGUUGCCAAAGCAUUGAAACCGGACAAGAAAUUAUUAACCAUUCCAAGUACUCAUCCAAAAGAUGAGGAAUUUGUGAAAAAACAAUUGGCUAAAUGUGCAGUUUGUAGAGAGACAACAUAUUACAAGACUAGAUUUCCUAUUUCAUACAAGACACUUCCAAAUUAUAGGUCCUUAUUUGAUGAUAGUUCAAUUAAUAUUGGUCUUUGUUGUCCAAAAUGUUACAAUCGUUACAGAGAACUAAAGAAAUGA